AUGUUGUUCCCGUUCGGCUGGCUGGUGCAUGCAUGUGACAGUGGCAUGAGCGACAACAAGUUCUGGGGUCCCAUUGGAGAAACCAUUGGGGCACUCACCAACCUGGAAUACAUGGAUGUGGGGUGGAACCCGAGAUUCGAUGCCGACACAGCUAUUAGCGGAUCCAUCCCCGCCAGCAUUGGCAACCUUCUCAACCUCAGAUACCUGAAACUGGCUGGCAAUAAGAUCAAUGGAGGCAUUCCCAAGACCAUCACGAAGCUUAAAAAGCUCGAGUUUCUCUCCGUGGCAUUCAACAGCAUGAACGCAGAUUUGCCAGACUUCCUGUCCGAGCUCACAGCGCUCAGGCAGAUCGAUUUGAGCAGCUGCCAGUUCUCAGGGUCUCUCCCAAGCACCAUUGGUCGCCUCACCAACCUGACUCAAAUGUGGCUGGCAGACAACCAUUUCAACGGCUCCGUGCCCGACUCAUGGAGCAGCCUCACGCAGCUGCAGGCACUUGAGGGUGCUACCAUGACAUGUGAAUGCUGCUCUCAGGCUCCUCCUACUCCCCACAGUGGCAUCGCAGGCAAUGCUCUUUCCGGCACUGUCCCAGCAGCAUUCUUCAACCUCAAGAGCCUCACCCAACUGAACUUUGGCAAUACAUCCUUGUCGGGACCGAUACCUUCGGAGAUCAGCAGUCUUGUGCAGCUAAAGUGGACCGAUGGGAAGAAGGCCAACUUCAGUGGACCCCUGCCGACCACCAUCACACGAAUGACGACCCUCGAGAGAUUCAUUCUGAACAACAACAGCCUCUCAGGCGAACUACCUGCUGAGCUGGGCCAGAACCCUGCUCUCAAGGACCUUGGUCUUGGCAGCAACUACCUGGAAGGAUCUGUCCCUGAAAGCUUCUCUGGGCUUACCAACCUUACCAAACUGGUCCUGAGCAACAACUCCCUCUCAGGCUCCCUUCCUACCAUCAUCAGCACUCUCACCUCGCUCAGCAUCCUGAAUUUGCAUAACAACAACUUUGAGGGAUCGCUGCCCAAUCUCCCAUACAACCUAACGACUGUUGACCUCAGCGGCAACAACUUCACGGGAGCCUUUCCAGAGAACAUUGCACAGCUUGACAGCCUUGCCUCAUUGAACGUCAGCAGCAACAGGCUUUCUGGCUCGCUUCCUUCAGAAUUGAGCAGCCUCGUGGCCCUUACAUCCCUCAACACAAGUAGAAACCAGUUCUCAGGAGCCAUCCCAACCGCCCUCCAAAACCUCAAGCUCCUUAACUCCCUGGACCUGAGUGGCAAUUCUCUCAGUGGCAGCAUUCCAGACUUCCUGAGCGUGCUCACGUCCUUACAGAGCCUCAAUCUCAGCUCCAACUCGCUUUCUGACACGCUGUCUGCAUCUUUAGGAGCUCUGGAUCAGAUAACGUGCCUGAAUCUAAGCCGCUCAAGCCUCACAGGCCCCAUCCCUGAUUCCUUCACCUCGCUCUCCGACCUGGUUUUCCUGGAUCUCAGCUACACUGGUGUUGCUGGGUCCGUGCCAUGGGGUAUCAAUAGCCUGGGGCAGCUGCAGGCCUUGUACGGCACCCUCAGUAUUUUCUGCAAUGACAAUGCCACCUGCCCUGCCGCACCUCCACCACCUGCCAGCCCGUUGCCCCCUCCUGCACCGCCAGCCAAUCCCACGUCGCCAGCUGUCACAAACUCCACCUCCCCUGGGUCUGACAACUCGUCUACGCCCAACACCACCUGCCACGUGUGCCAGAGCUACUGCCUCGGCUGCUCCCCCUCUGCCCCCUCCUCCCCCCCUGCUUCCAGCAGUUCUCUUUCCCCAAGGGCCAUAGCAGGCAUAGUGGCGGCACUCAUUGCACUCCUUGCUCUCAUCGCCCUUGUCAUCCUGCUCUGGUUCUGCUUCCGCCAAACCAAGCCUGCGUGCAAGCAGUACUCACUGGCAGACAUCCACCAGGCCACCAACUUUUUCUCGGAGGUCAACCUGAUCGGCUCGGGGGGCUUCAGCGACGUGUACAAGGGCGUGGACCCGAGCGACCCUGAGGUGCUGUGGGCUGUGAAGCGCGCCACAGUGCUCUCCAAUGAUUUCAUGAACGAGGUGGCAGCCAUGGCACGACUCAAGCACCCAUCACUGGUGCCACUGCUGGGGUACUGCAUCGACUACAACGAGCAAGCACUGCAGAUGGAGCAGAUCAUUGUGACUCAGUUCAUGCCCAACGGGGACCUUGCGCACUGGACCGAGCCAGGAGCGAAGCCCAUGACGUUGCGGCAGAGGCUGGCGGUGCUGGUGGAUGUGGCGGAUGGGCUGAGCUUCCUCCACAGCCGUCGGAUCGUGCACCGCGAUGUCAAGCCCGCCAACGUGCUGCUGGAUGCCCACAUGCGGGCGAAGGUGGCGGAUUUUGGGUUCAUGCGGAAGAUGGAGGCAAGCCAGGUGCAAACCACCAGGGUGAUGGGCACCCCGGGCUAUGAGGACCCCGAAUACCUCCAGACCCGCCUCGCCACCACCGCUACCGAUGUGUACAGUUUUGGGGUGCUGUUGCUGGAGAUCCUGACGGGCAAGGAGCCCAUCCUCUCCGUAGAUUGCUCGCAGUCCCACAUUCGGGAAUGGGUGGCUGCAGAGCUCUCCAGUGGUGACGUCAGCUCUAUCAUAGACCCUCGGAUGGUCUCCCCUGCAGCGUCUGGUGCUAGCAUGGUGCAUGCUGACGUCAUGAAGAGUUUGGCAUCCUUGGCGAUGGAAUGCUCUGCCAUGCCGGCUGCCUCACGCCCCUCCAUGGCCAAAGUGCUCUCACAGCUGAAGCAGCUGCACGAGGAGGUGGUGAGGCGGGAGGGGGAGAGCGGAUUGCAGCAAGGGAGUGGGCUGGGGGGGCUGGGAACGGGGGGAGCGAGUUGGUUGGUGAGGGAGAACCGUGUGAGCCCUGCACCUGAGUCUGCAGUAAGGAGUGUGAGUGCGGUGAGGGGAACGACGGAUGACGAAGGCAGUCCUGAAGAGGAUGAGAGCUUGACUGUUGGUGAGGUGACAAGUGGGGAAGCAAGUAGGAGCAUGGGUGAUGACCACAACUGA